GUCGGCCGCAAAUAGUGCGCGUUCAUCCGCCGACACGAGCGGUACAAGAAUAUCAGCAGCUCGGGGGAGGGGAGCAAAAUAAAGAGAGGAACUUUGUUAUGUAUUCAGUCAUUGGAUCUUGGCGAGGAACUAAAAACGGACAAACGAAAGUGAUUUGUAGUCUCCAAGAAUCUUGACACGUACGUUGGCAAAGAUAGUAUUUCUUACAAGUGAUUUAUCUGCGUGGAUCAUCAAUUCAUAAGUUAUGCGUAUUUCAUCUCUUGCCGAUUUGGCAAACGCUAAUUAAGUGAACUCUGCAAGCGCAAACUUUAUCAGCCGUUCAACAUUGUGACCCACAUCAUCGGGAGAACUUGGGGUCGUCGUGUACGCACAGUUUCGUUUGAGGGCUCAAUUGGCCGAUGGCCAUGUUGUGACUACACAUAAUCACCCGACUUUGCCGCUGCUGCUCGUUUCUGACACCAUGACUUCGGAGACGGAGAACACGACUGAUUGGCUGUCGGACCUGAUGCUGUUGGAUGCCAAUGCCUCCUACUCGAGCAAUGCCACCUACACCGAGUGGAACGUGGAUAAUUAUCUAACGACUCACUGGGGUCCAAAACACCUGCCCAUGGACGUCGUCAUCCCCAUCACCAUCGUCUACAUUUUGAUAUUCGUUUCGGGCGUUGUGGGCAACAUCGCCGUGUGCGUUGUCAUCGUGCGCAACCCGUCCAUGCACACGGCCACAAACUGCUAUCUGUUCUCGCUGGCCGUCUCUGAUUUGACCGUCCUUUUAUUCGGUUUGCCAAACGAUUUGAGCGUCUACUGGCAGCAAUAUCCAUGGCCGUUGGGGGAAAUCGUUUGCAAGCUGAGAGCUCUCAUCGCUGAAAUGACCAAUUACGCUUCGGUGCUGACGAUCGUGGCUUUCUCGCUGGAACGUUAUCUCGCCAUCUGUCAUCCCCUGCACGCUUACACGAUGGCCGGGCUGGGACGGGCGGCUCGGAUUGUGGCUCUCAUUUGGCUGGUGGCGCUCAUCUCGGCCCUACCGUUCGCCAUUUACACGGGCAUUUCGUACGUGCCUUAUCCGCUGGAGGCCGGGCUCAAUUUGUCCGGCCAGUCGAUACCUGAAUCGGCUUUCUGUUCGCUGCAAGACGAGAAUCCGCCGACACAGUGGCCGCUGGUCGAAGUGGCCACUUUCAUCUUCUUCAUCGUGCCCAUGGGCAUUCUCUGCCUACUUUAUCUGCGCAUCGGAAUCCGAAUCAGACGGACGUCGCUGGGACGCGGUCGCAACGUCCAAGGUGUUGUCCAUCACUCCAACGAGUCGAGGCAGUCGUCGUCGAGGAGGACCAUUUUACGUAUGCUCGUUGCCGUUGUGAUUGCCUUUUUCGUCUGUUGGGCUCCGUUCCACGCCCAGAGGCUCCUCUAUGUUUACGCCAAGGAUUCGCCCAACUACCGCGAGAUAAACGAGAAAAUGUUUUUCAUAACAGGGUGUUUUUAUUUCUUCUCUUCGACCAUCAAUCCGAUAUUGUACAAUGUCAUGUCGGUUCGCUAUCGCGAGGCGUUCCGCGAAACUCUGUGCGGCCUGGCACCUGCAUCCAGCCGACAUCACUACCUUUACAAUCACCAUCGACAAGCUUCGGACAGAUCGCGAUAUUCGGCCAAUUCGCGGAACGGCGGCAGCCUGAACACGAGCGGCAUUUGGCUGAGUACCGCCGAACGUCGGUCGCAGAGACGUGCGAGCCCAUCGCCGCUAAACGGGGCUGUCAAAGAGACACUUCUUGCUGAAGAGAAGACCACCAAUGUUGACAUUGAGCUGGACGGCAGCAAGAAAAUGGUGCCCUCACUGGGAAACGCGCCUCUCCGGAUCGGCUUCGUCGUACAGGACGAUGCUGUCGUGAGUAGCAUUCCUGUUACUACGCCAUCUAAUCCAGCCCCUGCUGUCGGCAAGCAACAUCCGCCGUCUUCGUCCGACGUCGGAUUACACCAUCGUGUAAUUGGCACUGCCAAACCUGCCGAGUGGCGAGUUCGUUUAGCCCACGUCAAGCCAAAAUCAACUAACGGUGGAGUUGCUAACUUGCCUGCCGGAUGUACGCCGUUGUGUCUGAAAUCGAGUCAGUUAGUGCGCAGAGCCAGCGAGACCAGCCGAAUGCAACCUGGGGUCGUCAAUGAACAGCAUCAGCCACCUGUAGUCACGAUGCCUAGUGACGCCCCCACCGAAGGCCACCCGCUUCUCAGCGAUUUAAAAAUGAGCUCAUUAGUCGAGUCCGCAACCAGUCACGAAGACGAUCCCAUCUGCGCCACAGUCCGUGAUACGUUCGUUCAAAACACAAGAAGGCUGUCUUGAUUUCAGAUCAGCUUAUUCGUGAUAAUGCACUUUCAAUCUAAAAUGAUUUUCAAUUUUGAUUGACCGAGUUUCAGAUUUUAAUGUCUUGUUUCCGCUCUCUAUUUCUUCUUUUCCCACUCUAAACUCCAAAGAGUGGCUUACAAUUGUUUGUUCGAAGCCCAUCAUUUUUAAAUUGUACAUAUUACCAUAUCAAAUGUUUUGUUUGUUUUUUCUCGUCUCCCCACCGACGUCCAUUUCGGGUUUUGUUUUAUUCUUAUGAAAUGUCACGUCUGUUUGUAGACAAUUCAUUAGUCACGUGAAUAUGAAUUGGAUAAUUUGCCAAGAAAUUUCGUUUUUUGGAUUCUUGACGUAUGUUGCUCCAUCAUGCCUGUUUGAAUCGCGAUGCCAGUUCACUAGAUCUACCUGUUCAUGUAAUCGUGGUGUUCACGCAUAAUGUCCAUUUCGCCCCCACAUAGGCUCUCGUCUGUCGAAAAAGGCCAGCAGGACAAAACAAUUGUUCCAGCACGAGCACAAGAAGCCUUCUUUUAACCUAAUCAUGUGCCGUUUUUUUU